AUGCACGCAUCCCGAUCUCCCAAAUCCGAUUCUGCUCAAAUCGGCAAGAUUUCCAACCGCUGUCACGCGGCGGAGCCUCACCUUUGUCUGCCUCCCGCACCUUCCACCUUCACUCUCAUCCACUCUAUCUCUCAGCCUCGACUCUUCCUUCUGUCCCUCUCGGUCUGGACGCACACAAUGUACUGUCUGCGGUGGUGGAUCCCGCUGUUCCUGCUGCCGUUCCCGCACACGUCGCCAUUGUUCCUGGUGCUGUUCCUCGUGUCGUUUGCACUGCACUCGCAGCCAUGCAUCUACUGCGCACUCAUCCUCACGGGUCUCUUCACAACUUCGUCCAACUGGUACGGCCCCGCAUCCACCAUUGUCCCCGCCAUCGAUGCUGCAAAUGACACCGCACAACCUCGCGCGAGCUAUGGCUGGAUCGACCUAGGGCUCUCGGGAGGCAACGGCUUCUUUAACCCGAUGGCACGACCACGAUCCGCCUCAGCACCAACGCAACCUGCCGAUGAGGACAAAGUAGAGGGGGACGACUUUUUUAGGCUGACGAUACCCUGGUCGGACGUGGAAUGGAACGUGCCCAAGCGGUUUCACGUUGGACCGAGCAAGCACCAGGGCCUUGGGUUCUGGAUCGACCUCGGCUCGAAGCUCGAUUCACCACCCGAGCCGGCUAUGCAAGCAGCAUCCACGCCAUCUCUUGCCGAUACCUCGUCGCAACACGAAGAACUCUGA